AUGAAACAAGUCAUCUUCUUCUUCUUCUUCAUCUUCUUCUUCUUCUUCUUCUAUGUAAUCUUUGUUCUCCUUUUACUUCUGCUUCUUCUAUGUAAUCUUUGUUUUCUUUUUGCUUCUCUCUCUUCUUCACUUCCAUUGAAAUUUUGUCUCUCACUUUCCUCAUUUUUUUAUUCGUCCACUUUUUUCUUUGGUUUAUUCUUUCCGUUUCUUAGUUUCUUUCUUUUCGUUUCUUUUUUAUCUUUUUUCUUUCUGUGUGUUUUUUUUUUAUGCGCUUUUCUUGUAUACUUCUUCAUUUCAUUCUUGCAUCAUCAUCAUCAUCUACCUUCUUCUUCUUCUUCUUCUUCUUCUUCUUCUUCUUCUUCUUCUUCUUCUUCUCACCCUCCUCUUCGUCGUCGUCCUGCACCUCCCAUUCUUCUUCUUUCUUUCUUUCUUUCUUUCUUUCUUUCUUUCUUCUUCUUCUUCUUCUAUGUGCCCCGAUAUCCACUAUUCCACCGUGCCUCUCUCUUUCUCUCUCUCUCUCUCUCUCUCUCUAUCUAUCUAUCUAUCUCUAUCUCUAUCUAUCUGUCUGUCUAUCUACCUAUCAGCGGGUUCCUCAACCAAAAUAAGAAAAUUCACCCUGUCCUCCGCUAG